AAAGUUCUACAACUACACAUGAACCAAAUUCUCUUGGUGCAAAAAAAGUUUGCCAGCAAAUAUGCCUACAUAUUGAGCCAUUAAAGACCAAAUCAUUCAGUGCUUUCCAACUUCAACUCUACUCAUGGCUCAAAUUUUGCAGUUCUUCAUUCUGUCCUCAUAUUUUAUCUAUGCAACUUCAAACAAUAUACCAGAGUCUUAUAUCAUCUACAUGGGAAGUACUAGUAAUGAACUAGAUGGAAAUUCAAAAUCAACAGAUGAAGCUCAUUUGCAAAUGCUGUCCUCUAUCAUUCCAAGUGAGGAGAAAGGAAGAGUAUCCAUAAUACAUAGCUAUAGUCAUGCAUUCAAGGGGUUUUCAGCAAUGCUCACUGAGAAAGAAGCAAAUACAUUAUCUGGCCACGAUGGAGUUGUAAGGGUAUUUCCCGAUAAUAUUCUUCAACUUCAUACAACCCGGUCUUGGGAUUUUUUGGAAGCUGAAUCAGGCCUUGGUUCAGGGAGAACACACCGAAAAGCUUCAAAUGAUGUUAUAAUUGGAAUUAUCGAUACAGGGAUUUGGCCAGAAUCAAAGAGUUUCGAUGAUACUGGGAUGAGUGCAAUCCCAUCAAGAUGGAAAGGAAUAUGUAUGGAAGGUUCUGAUUUUAAAAAGUCUGAUUGUAAUAGGAAGCUAAUUGGUGCAAGAUACUACAAAAACCUGGCAGAUUCAGUGCAUACUUCUUCCCUAGGAUCACCGAGGGACUCAGUAGGCCACGGGACCCACACAUCAUCCACCGCCGCCGGCUCCAUAGUCGCAAACGCUAGCUACUAUGGCCUAGCUCAAGGAAUGGCCAAAGGAGGUUCGCCCUCAAGUAGGCUCGCAAUGUACAAAGCCUGCUCAAUGGGAGGAUGUUCGAGCUCAGCAGUACUAAAGGCUAUCGAUGAUGCUGUAAAUGAUGGUGUUGAUAUUAUAUCGAUAUCGAUAGGGAUGAGCUCUAUAUUUCAGUCUGAUUUCCUAAGUGAUCCCAUUGCAAUUGGUGCAUUUCAUGCUAAUGAGAGGGGGGUGUUGGUGAUUUGUUCAGGGGGUAAUGAUGGUCCAGAUCCUUAUACAGUUGUUAACGCAGCUCCUUGGAUAUUGACUGUUGGUGCUUCGAGCAUUGAUCGAACUUUCCAGUCGAGCAUUGUCUUGGGAAAUGGAAAAAUUUUGAAGGGGGUUGCGAUAAAUUUCUCAAAUCUCACUCAUUCACAAUUUUACCCUCUAAUAUUUGGUCGAGAUGGGGCAGCAGCAUCGACCCCAGUUUCAGAAGCAAGUAACUGUUAUCCUGGAUCACUGGACCUCGAAAAAACUACUGGGAAAAUAGUAGUUUGUGUUGAUACUGAUCCAAGUGUAUCAAGGAGAAUAAAGAAAAUGGUAGCUGAAGGCUCACAAGCCAAAGGUCUAAUUCUUGUUGACGAGUCUGAAAGAGGAGUUCCGUUUGAUUCUGGUAGCUUCCCCUUCUCUGAAGUUGGAAACAGUGCUGGAGCUCAAAUUCUUGACUACCUGAAUUCAACAAGCAAACCAACGGCUAUUAUUCUUGCGACUGAGGACCUGAAGGAGUACAAACCUGCACCUGUAGUUGCCUAUUUCUCUGCCCGAGGUCCUGGAGGACUUACCGAAGGCAUUCUCAAGCCGGAUAUCAUGGCCCCAGGAGUAGGAAUCCUAGCAGCUGCAAUGCCAGUUGCUGAUCCUGGAACAGACUUACCUGCAGGGAAAAAGAUUUCCAACUUUGCAAUAAAGUCAGGGACUUCGAUGGCCUGCCCUCAUGUCGCUGGUGCUGCUGCAUUCAUUCGAUCAGCUCAUCCAAGAUGGAGUCCUUCAAUGAUCAGAUCAGCCCUCAUGACGACAGCAACUGCAACAAACAACCUCGGCAAGCCUAUAACAACUAAUUCGGGAGGCAAUGCUAACUACCAUGACAUGGGCUCAGGAGAAAUGAGCCCAUUAAGGGCCCUAAGCCCAGGCCUGGUAUUCGAAACGACGACACAAGACUACUUACAGUUUCUGUGCUACUAUGGGUACAAGGAUCAAGUUAUCAGGAAACUGUUAGGGACCAAUUUCAGCUGUUCAGGUAAAGCAUCAGCCAAUCUCAUCUCAAACAUCAACUACCCUUCAAUCUCCGUCGCACGCCUUGGUGGAAAUCGGGGUGCUCAGACGACAGUAUCGAGGACCGUGAUCAAUGUUGGACCAUCGAAUUCGACGUACACUGCAACAGUGGAUGCGCCUGCAGGGUUUUUGGUUUCAGUGUUGCCUAAUAAGUUGGUGUUUGCUAAGAGAGGAGUGAAGGCUAGUUACAAGGUGAAGUUUGAUGUGAGAAAUGCAAACAAAGGGUACGGAUUUGGAUCAGUGAAUUGGUCUGAUGGUGCACAUUUGGUUAGGACUGUGUUUGCAGUUAAUGUAGCGUGAUUUUUGUAAGUUUUUGGUCGGUUUUGAUUUUAGUUUGAGGUGGAUGGUGUGUAGGGUUUCUUUUUCUUGUUUUGAGAUUGAAAGUUUAGUUUUGUCUGGAAUCGGUGUAACAGUUUUUUGU